AUGAUGUACGGGAACAUGACUAACCAGCACGAGGCGUUCCUGAGGAGGAAGCUGGAGGAGGAGCAGGCAACUGAGCUACAGCAAGCCAUAGAGCUGGAGGGGCGCCGCUUCAUGGGGCUGCAGCUCCUCGACCUCAAGAGCAGGGGCCACCACCAUCUCGGUUCAGGCGCGCCCAUGCCUAUGCGACAAGCCACCGAUGGCAAAGGCAGCGACAGCAACGGGAACGACAACGCGUCCCAUUUGGAGGAUGCCAUCAGCAUCAUCCAAGAUAAGAGGAUGAUGAGCAGCCUUGCAAUGAAUGCUCCUGCUGCUGAUGCUGAAGGCGAGCACGAGGAGCAGCAGGGAGAGGGCGGUGGUGGCUGUGAUAAGAAGAUGCAGUACUGGAUAGGAAUGGAAUACCCCUCUCACUCUGCCUCGUUUCACACGUUGCCGUCACAGCCAGUGCAGCUUGCUACUGCACUAGAGGAAUGGAAGAAUCUGAAGUAUGCAGCGUCAGGUCGCGUCGCGCUGUGA